CAUUUGUUCGAGGAAUCAUUAAUCAGCAACCAAGAACGUGUCUCAUUAGACGCCGAAAGUCCUCGUUCUCGUUUAGCCAUCGCCGUCUCGCUGAGUGGACCGCUAGCUCUGCCCUAUGCUCCCUUUUCCCGUAGUUGCACCGGAGAGGCGACGGCUCAGUCGAACUAGCGUCAGGAGGCAUAAAUGUGUCUUGCUCGCUCGUGCUCACAUAGCGAACCUCGAUGUCUUGCUGCUCGCAGAUUUUAUCGCCCUAUCAUUAAGGCUGAACUUGAGGUACUAUCUCUCCCCUGCGCGGGUCGACAUGGCAUCGUCCUCGCCACCCACGACCACCUUCCAGCUCACGACCACCUUCCAGCUUGCUGGCGACUGUUCUGCACAGCGAUGCAUUGUCGUCCCUGAACCAUCUCAUCAUCAUUCCUUAUCACGGUGUUUGGCAAGGGCAUGAUCCGCAGAAGAGGCUAGAUGAGGAUGAUUGAAUAUAGGAGGAUUAUCAAGGAGGCGGUGGGUAGGUCUCUGCGCUGAAUGGGUGUAUCGUUACUGGAGUGGAAGAAGGUCACUGUCGUCGGCCAC